AAAGGAGACCGAACGAUGGCAAAAUCAGCAGUUGGAGCUUCAGCAGCUGAAAAAGACCAUGAUCCGUGCCUGCAUUGUCCUGGCUCUGGCCACCAGCGCCUUCGCUGGCUACACCGGCGGCUUCGGCUACGGCCUUGGCCUGUCCCACUACGGCCUUGCCCACGGCAUCGGCUACUCUGGUCUUGGUCUCGGCUACAGCUACGCCCCAGCCGCCAGCUACGCCGUCGCUGCCCCAGCUGUUGCCCGCACCGUGUCCACCUACCACGCUGCUCCAGCCGUGACCGCCGUUCACGCUGCCCCAGUCGCCACCUACGCUGCUGCCCCAGCUGUGGCCACCACUGUUGCCCACGCCGCUCCAGUCGCCACCUACACCGCUGCUCCAGCCGUGACCACUGUUGCCCACGCCGCUCCAGUCGCCACCUACGCCGCUGCCCCAGCUGUCGCCACCUACGCUGCUGCCCCAGCUGUGGCUACCACUGUUGCCCACGCCGCCCCAGUCGCCACCUACGCUGCUGCCCCAGCUGUGACCACUGUUGCCCACGCCGCCCCAGUCGCCACCUAUGCCGCUGCCCCAGCUGUGACCACUGUUGCCCACGCCGCCCCAGUCGCCACCUACGCCGCUGCCCCAGCUGUGACCACUGUUGCCCACGCCGCUCCAGUCGCCACCUACGCCGCUGCCCCAGCUGUGACCACUGUUGCCCACGCCGCUCCAGUCGCCACCUACGCUGCUGCCCCAGCUGUGGCCACCACUGUUGCCCACGCCGCUCCAGUCGCCACCUACGCCGCUGCCCCAGCCGUGACCACUGUUGCCCACGCCGCUCCAGUCGCCACCUACGCCGCUGCCCCAGCUGUCGCCACCUACGCUGCUGCCCCAGCUGUGGCUACCACUGUUGCCCACGCCGCCCCAGUCGCCACCUACGCUGCUGCCCCAGCUGUGACCACUGUUGCCCACGCCGCCCCAGUCGCCACCUACGCCGCUGCCCCAGCUGUGACCACUGUUGCCCACGCCGCUCCAGUCGCCACCUACGCCGCUGCCCCAGCUGUGACCACUGUUGCCCACGCCGCUCCAGUCGCCACCUACGCCGCUGCCCCAGCUGUCGCCACCUACGCUGCUGCCCCAGCUGUGGCCACCACUGUUGCCCACGCCGCUCCAGUCGCCACCUACACCGCUGCUCCAGCCGUGACCACUGUUGCCCACGCCGCUCCAGUCGCCACCUACGCCGCUGCCCCAGCUGUCGCCACCUACGCUGCUGCCCCAGCUGUGGCUACCACUGUUGCCCACGCCGCCCCAGUCGCCACCUACGCUGCUGCCCCAGCUGUGACCACUGUUGCCCACGCCGCCCCAGUCGCCACCUAUGCCGCUGCCCCAGCUGUGACCACUGUUGCCCACGCCGCCCCAGUCGCCACCUACGCCGCUGCCCCAGCUGUGACCACUGUUGCCCACGCCGCUCCAGUCGCCACCUACGCCGCUGCCCCAGCUGUGACCACUGUUGCCCACGCCGCUCCAGUCGCCACCUACGCCGCUGCUCCAGUCGCCACUGUUGCCCACGCCGCCCCAGCUGUGACCACCACCACCGUCCACCACGCUGCCCCAGUCGCCACCGCUGUUGCUACCCCAGCCAUCGCUUCAUACCACGCCGCUCCAGUCUACGGCUACGGUGUUGGCACCCUCGGCUAUGGCGCCGGCCACUACGGUUUUGGCCACGGUCUCCUCGGCUACGGCCUGAAUUACGGCUAUGGUCUCGGCAGCGCCUACGACUACACCGCUCUCCUCCGCAGGAAGAAGUAAAUCUCCUUUUUUGGAAGCAACAUAGUCAUCAUCGAAAGUUAGUUGAUUUAACAAAUUUAGGCACCGUCUGCUUUUGUACCCUAUCAUCAUGGCACAAGAGAAAGACGAGAAUAAAUUUAACCAAUUUUGAAUUUGCACUACUGUCUACCGUCUUUCUUUUAUUGGCAUAACCACUUAGCUAUAGU